CGGAGCCCAAAGUCCCCAAAUCUCCUCUUUCUCCUCAAUUUCAAGCCUUCGUCUUCCUUCCGCUAUAAAGUACGCUGGCCGGCUUCCGUGAUUUUAUCUGCGCCCAACUCCCGAGAGAGCUUUCUCUCUCUUUUUCUGCAUCUUCUCUUUCGUCGCAGUGUCGGAGGUUAUAAAUUUCCAUGCUCUGAGCCCGAUUAGGUUACAAAGGAAGCACCUUUGCAUUGGUCUGUGAACGUUAGAGAGAGAGAGAGAGUGUGUGUGUUUGUGUGCGUGCGGCCAACUUCAAACGUUCGUAAUUAGUGGAGACGGAGAGCAAAAAAGUCUGCUUUUUGCGUCUUUUUUAUUCUUCAAGAUUCGAUUACAGAGCGACCAUCUGAUAGCUUGGUGUGUGUUUGUUUGUGGAGAGAGAGUUGGAGUAGCAAGAUAAGAGAAGAUAUUUUGCUAUAGAUCGCUGGGUCAAGGAUCGAUCGCAAGGCUACUAUUAAUCCGAUCUGCGCGGGGAGCCCGUGCCUCUUUUUUGUCUGGUGGAGAAUUGAGGAUUAAGACAUUAUUGGAGAGAGAGGUUUUCAGAAUCAGAUUUGGUUAUCACGAUGCCGGAGGGAGGUUACUACUGUUCGAAGAAGAGGGAUGAUAUUUGUGAGAAUGUCUGUGGCCAGGCUUCUAAGGUGGGAUCUAGUAUGUCGAGGCUUCUAUGCAUCUUCCGGGGAUUUGAUCUGAAGGCUAUUUUGCUUCUCUUUGUUGGCAUCCCGCUCUUCAUCCUUGGCGUCUACUUACACGGGCAGAAGUUCACCUACUUCCUCCGACCGCUAUGGGACUCUCCCCCAAAACCUUUCAACAUGAUCCCCCAUUACUACCAUGAAAGCGUCUCAAUGGAGAAUCUUUGCAAGCUCCAUGGCUGGGGAAUCAGAGAAACUCCAAGGCGGGUUUUUGAUGCUGCUCUCUUUAACAACGAGGUCGAUAUUCUUACCAUCAGGUGGAAUGAACUGAGCCCUUAUGUGUCUGAGUUUGUUCUUCUAGAGUCCAAUUCCACUUUCACAGGAAAGAUAAAGCCCCUCUUUUUUGCACGCAACCGUGAAAAAUUCAAAUUUGUGGAGUCCCGGCUGACUUACGGCGUCGUCGGCGGGAGAUUCAUGAAGAAGGAGAACCCCUUCGUCGAAGAAUCUUACCAGAGAGUCGCCCUUGAUCAGCUUAUCAGAAUUGCCGGCAUAACUGAUGAUGAUCUACUCAUCAUGUCAGAUGUUGAUGAGAUCCCCAGUGGCCACACCAUCAAUCUUCUAAGAUGGUGUGAUGACAUUCCUGAUAAGCUUCAUCUUCAGCUCCGGAACUUCCUCUAUUCCUUCGAAUUUUACCUCGAUGAUGAUAGCUGGAGAGCCUCCGUUCAUCGAUAUAAGCAUGGAAAGACUCGCUACGCUCAUUUUCGCCAAACAGACGACUUGUUAGCCGAUUCAGGGUGGCAUUGCAGCUUCUGUUUCCGCUAUCUCAGUGAAUUUGCUUUCAAGAUGAAGGCGUACAGCCAUGUCGAUCGUGUAAAGUUCUUCUAUUACUUGAAGCCUUCAAGGAUUCAGGACGUGAUCUGUCGAGGAGCAGACCUUUUCGAUAUGCUUCCUGAGGAGUACACUAUCCAGAAAAUUAUUGCAAAAUUGGGUCCAAUUCCUAGUUCUUAUUCCGCCGUGAAUCUUCCCGGUUAUCUGCUUCAGAAUGUUAACAAAUUCAAGUAUCUUUUGCCUGGUAACUGCAAGAGGGAGAGUGGCUGAUUGCCAUAUUAGCAGUAGGGGACUCUCUUUCUCACAUAUUACACAGCAUACUGAUCGAAUACCCUAAGAUAAUUUUCUAGUUUAGUUUCAUGAUUCUUUACAGAGAAGUUUUGCAAGCAUGGCUGAGAGUAGUUUUGUUUAUGUGCCAUUGUAUUUAAGAAAAUAGGUUGUAUUUUAUCAUGCUUGCGACGGGUUGGGGUUUGUUUGAUCGGCCGAGCCUUUUGUCGGGGAUUAUAGAUGGGAUGUUCUUCUUCAUCCUUUCAUCCCUUAUUGGUAUGCUGUGCAAUAAAAUAUAAUGUAAAGUACAUACCAAGUGAAAAGCUCAAACUUCUUAUGUAUGGGGGGUUUUAAUUCCUGUAAUACUUAUUGAUUCUUAUAUUAUUCUUUCUUUUUA